AUGGCGGAUGGGUCGCCCGAUUACCGUGCCGGCCCUGAUGAAAUGAACGAUUUAACUUUUUCCGUGGCCGACCUGUCAUAUCGUGACUCAAAAAAGUGCAGUGGAGACACUUUCGAAGGUGGUAGAUUAAAGUUGUCGUUCUAUACCGAACUCGAAGGGAGUGAAUCGUGUGAAAAUAGUGAGAUGCGCGGCGUGGUCGCCGAUCGUUCCGUGGCGACAGCAACAUCAGAUUCCCGAAAAACACCCGGCUCGAGCUUCGACGAUGGCGACGACAGGAAGAAGCGUUGUUUCGACCGAUACGACAGUUCCGAGUCUUCCGACAGACUAGACGAUAUCGACCAAUUCCGACAUUUACUUCGUUUUCCUAAACACCAGUUCAUAACUGGCGCGAAAGUUAAACAAGUGACUCUGAGUACAAAACGAAGAAUGGGUUUUGUUGGUAGUGGGUUCGCGCUAAGCCAUGAAGGG